UACAUUUGUUUUCUCAAUGAUUAAACGAUUAACAAUAUUCUUCUGAAAACUGACAACUCACAAAAUCAUUAUCAAUUAUAUAAUCCUUUGUAUAUUAUCAAUUUUGAUAUAAUGUAUAAAUUGCAUAUCAAUCAUUCCUAUUUUUCGCGAACUCGAUUUCUUAUUAAAUCGACCUCGAAGACGUCGUUACUCUCUUGGCAGCUGAUUUGUUUGUUGUUGACGAUUCUUAUAUGUAAUUUUCUCUUUAUUAAAAAUUAUACCUCCAUAAGGAUUAUAAAAUUACUAUUUCAAGCGUAUCAAAUUGUAGGAUCACCAUAAAUUUAAGGAAUUUUGAACAUCUUUGCAAUAUUCUACAUCAAAUGGCAAUAUAAUUUCAACAUAAACGAUAAACCGAUGCAUUUAAUUGAUGAACUAUUUAAAUGCCACAGGUAAUUGGUAUUUUAAUCGAAUUUUUUUUAUUAUUUGCUCAAGCAAGAAUGCUGUGCCCUUUCUCGAUAACUGUACGCCCGUCUACUUAUCGGUGGUAGAAUGAACGGUGCUGCUUUAUUAGAUUCGCUUUUUAAGCGCGACUGAUUUCCUAAAAAUCGAUAAGUGUCGUCGGUGUUUCAGAAGACAUGUCGCCGCUUGAACGACAUAAAACCGCGUUCAAUUCUUCAAAACCACCAUGGAGCUAGAAAUUUAUAUUUUAAUUUUACUAUUUAUAAUUAAUUUAUUAUAUACAAUUUUAUUAUAAAACCUGCAUAAUUAGCCCACAUGAAGCGUGCGCGGACAUUACAUAAUCCUUUGAUUAAAUGCUUUUGUAGUGCGAUAGACGAAUAAGAUGGACUUUUAUAUACACAUAAUUCAUGAUAUCGUGCAAUUGUUUUCGAAUAUCUACGAAGCCUUACUAGUCACACGCACACGUGCCUACGAAAUCCUAAACAAUACACAUAUUGUCCGGUUGGCAUGAGUGGCCUGUCAUUAGUGUUGAGCUUUCAUAUUUUUGGCGAUGCAACCAAAAUGCGCAGCUGUCAUUUGAGAUAAUCAAGCCAGACAAAAUGGGACGAGCCGCUAUGCUUUCGAUGUUGUGGCAUUGUCGCUCGGAAAAAUACAUUAAUAGUACAUUUCAAAAGUGGACACAAAUUUAUGGCCUUUGCAGUGAUUUUCGAUAAUCGAAUGAUACAUUAAGUGUUUAUAAUAAAACAGAUUUCUCUGUAAUUAUUAUUUUCUUUAACAUUAUUAUAUUUAAACACUUGCUAUAUUGAAACUACCUUUUCAGCUUACUUUCCGUAUUAAAUCUCUUAAAGAGAUUGGAAUUUAUAAUCAAAAUAAAAGUCCACGUUUCUUCGAAAUAUUUUAUAUAUUUAUUUUUAAAUAAAUUAUACAAUUACACAACUUUUGAGAAUUUUAGAAACCUCGAGUAAAAUUUUCUUCGAAGAGCUAACGUAAUAUCACGUUUAUUUGCACGUCUCCCGUUCGUUAAUGAACGGGGUUUAAUCCUCAAGAGGAAUGCUGAAGUUCCGGAAUGCAAGACAUGUACGCAUCCGAUGAAAUCGAUAGCGAACGGUACUGCGGGGUCACCUUGAAAAUGGAAACGCGCACACCCCCGCUCUGCGCUUCGAAAUUCCCGCGCGGGCACUUUGACGCUACCGGUGUACCGGCAAAUUUCCCGCGCGUUUUUUGACCGUUAUUUAUCGCAGCGAAAGAGGAGCCGGCAAAACAGUGUCUUCUGGCGUAUCGCCACGCGAACUAUUACGGUUGCGGCACGAUAGCUUCGUGAUAAUAAUAUGAUAAUGGUCGUCACAUGGUACGAGAAUAUGUGGGGUUGGUUGGCGAGGACGGUCACGUGGUAACCGGCGCCGUCCGCUAAUCGCGCGCGCGCGCUGCCGCGCACCGCCCCAGUUACAAAAGGGAUGCGGUACGAGCCGGUUAGUUUUCUCGUCGCGCAUCCACUCUCCAGUAAUUACCUACAUUCGUCAGUUUACUCGAUUGCAACACCCGCUACCGUGGGACAUGAUCCGCAAACGAGCAAUGGCGGCCAGCUGCAGCUGCAACAGCAGCAACUACAGUCAGCAGGUUGGCUGGGGGGCGGUGCCGGUGACACUGGCGGCGGACUGGUCUGUCGAUCAUCGUCAGGCAAAUCGAUCAACGGCAGCAACAACGGCAAACCGUCGUUACAACAUCCUCAACAACGGCAUCAACAACAGCAGCAGCAGCAACAACAAGGCCAAUCUGGGGGUGUGGGGGAUGACGAAGACGGGGGUGGAGGGAGCGGAGGGCUGGAGGGGACGGACGCAGAGGCGAACGACCCUAUUCACCUCAAGAGACGGGUGGGACUCGUCAGUGGGGUGGCUCUAAUCGUCGGCACGAUGAUCGGCUCCGGGAUCUUCGUGUCGCCGUCGGGUCUGCUGCUGCGUACCGGCAGCGUCGGCGUCAGUUUCGUCGUGUGGACUGCAUGCGGUCUGCUGAGCUUGUGCGGUGCCCUCGCCUACGCCGAGCUAGGCACCAUGAACACGAGCAGCGGCGCUGAAUACGCGUACUUCAUGGACGCAUUUGGCGCACCGCCCGCCUUCCUUUUCUCUUGGGUGUCCACCUUGGUACUCAAGCCGUCGCAAAUGGCGAUCAUCUGCUUGUCGUUCGCCCAGUACACCGUUGAGGCGUUCACCGUUGACUGCGACCCGCCCGACGAGGUAGUCAAGCUCGUCGGCCUGCUGGCGAUCGUUCUGAUACUCUUGAUCAACUGCUACAGCGUCAACCUCGCUACCGGUGUGCAGAACGCCUUCACCGCCGCUAAGUUGAUGGCGAUACUUGUGGUGAUAGUUGGCGGUUCGUACAAACUCAUACAGGGUAAUACGCAGCAUUUGCAGACGGCGUUCGACACCAUCGACGGCAGUACUAUUAAUAUCGGUCGUCUGGCUACCGCUUUCUACACCGGCCUCUGGGCCUACGACGGCUGGAAUAAUCUCAACUACGUGACCGAGGAGAUCAAAAAUCCCUCCAAGAACUUGCCCAGAUCUAUCAUGAUUGGUAUACCGCUCGUCACGCUCUGCUACGCGCUUAUCAAUGUCUCCUAUCUCGCGGUCAUGUCACCGUCCGAGAUGAUCGAGAGCGAGGCCGUGGCUGUGACAUUCGGCAAUCGGAUACUGGGCGUUAUGGCAUGGCUGAUGCCACUCUCUGUAGCGAUCAGCACAUUCGGUUCCGCGAACGGCACCCUGUUUGCCGCAGGCAGACUUUGCUUCGCCGCGUCACGAAAGGGUCAUUUGCUCGACUGUCUGAGCUACGUACACGUGCGACGCUUCACUCCUGCCCCAGGCCUCAUCUUCCAUUCCCUCGUAGCAGGCGCGAUGGUUAUCUCUGGCAACAUCGAUUCGCUCAUCGACUUCUUUUCGUUUACCGCAUGGAUAUUUUAUGGCGGCGCGAUGCUCGCCCUGCUGGUGAUGCGGAGGACCAGACCCAACCAUCCGCGACCGUACAAAUGUCCGCUGGUGAUACCCGUGCUGGUGCUCGUCAUCUCCGCGUAUCUCAUAGUGGCGCCGAUCAUCGAUAAGCCACAAAUCGAGUAUCUCUACGCGGCGGGCUUCAUCGGUGCGGGCAUGCUCGUCUACCUCCCAUUCGUAAAGUUUGGAUAUGUGCCCAAAUUCAUGGGUUACAGAAUACUCGCAGGAAAAGGGUGGAUGAGUUACAUAGAAAAUUUGAUUUCCAUUAAAGUUCAAGUUUGAAUCUCCAAAGGUAUCAACGCCUUCCUGCAGAUGUUAUUAGAGGUGGCUCCGACGGCGGCUGCCUUCGACUGAUUUCAUUUUAUUUCGGAAGAUCAACGUACGAAAGUUCCCCAGAAUGCCGAAUCAUUCCAUUAUGGCAUUGCGCGAACUGUGUACACCUGAAUAAUCCUAUUUUAAAUGCAGACAAGAGCGUUAUAUAUCCCAUAUAUAUUACAAAGCUCAAGGCUGGCCCAAAAUGAAUCCAAAAAAAUAUAUAUAUAUUAUAUAAAAAUAUAUUAUUUUAUUACUUGUUAUUCUUCGUACAUAGUAUACAACACACAGGAAGAACGUUACUGUUAGACAAUAGAUAGUUGAUGUUGUAAGACAGCAAUGAAUCAACAGAAAAUAUUUUAAAUGUU